UCUACUCAAUACAAAAGAUACGCAAACAAAUCCGUUGAACUCUGUUGUGUUUUUUUGCCAUCCUUGCGAAUUUGUUUAUAAUCAAAGCCGAAAAGCGAUGUCGGCUUCCGCUGAGAGCCUGGCGGCGGCCGCAUCAUUAGACACUGUUGGCGACGAGGACCUAUUUAGCCUGCUUAUACGUUACGGGCUGUAUGUGGGUGCACUUUUCCAGUUUGUUUGCAUCUCAGCUGCCGUAUUGAUGGCGGCGGAUGACGGGAGCAUGGACACCGGGGAGGUGACGGAGCCGGGAACGCGAACGCGACUGCACAAGAUUCGCAAGCUGGAGAAGAAGAAGCGACGCUAGUCAGGAUGGCACACCCACCCACCACUUUUAUACAUAUAUUUAGCUUAAGUACACUCGAAUGCAUUUAUUAGUAGAAAAAAUAAAAAUGAUAAAAAACA